UAUACCCCAACACCAACAUAGCAACGAGGCUUGAAAUAGCCAUGUGAUUCGAGUCGCUCCAGCCUGUUUACCCCCCCAAGGUGCCCAAAAUGAAACACCAUCUCAUGAUAGGCACAUGGACGCCGCCCGGGGCGAUUUUCACCGUCGAGUUCGACGACGAAGCCUGGACUCUGCGGCUGGUCAAGAGAACAUCCAUCCCCGAGGACGAGCCCAUAUCAUGGAUGACCUUUGACCAUGCACGGCGAAACAUCUACGGCGCGUCGAUGAAGAAAUGGUCCAGCCAUGCCGUCAAGGCCCCCGACCACAUCGCCCAUGAGGUUUCGCAUCCCAUGAACCAUGACCGUAUGUUGGCCAGCUUCCUCCAGGCUUGAAUUCCCAGGCUCACGGACCAGCACAGCUCGAGCUCAGAGCGCCGACACCCGGACGAGGGCCAUCUUUGUGCUGGCCGCCAAGCAGCCCCCUUACUGCGUCUAUGGCAACCCGUUCUACGAGCACGCGGGCUACGGCAACGUCUUCUCUGUCGACGACCAGGGCAAGCUCGACCGGAACAUCCAGAACUACGAGUACAGCGAGCAGUCGGCCAUCCACGGCAUGGUCUUUGACCCGACCGAGACGUACCUGUACUCGGCCGACAUGUGGGCCGACAAGGUCUGGACGCACAAGAAGGCGAGCGACGGCACCCUCACCCUGGUCGGCAGCGUCGACGCCCCCUCGCCGGGCGAUCACCCCCGCUGGGUCGAAAUCCACCCCAGCGGACACUAUCUGUACGUGCUGAUGGAAGCCGGGAAUCGCCUGGGGGUCUACGUGAUCGACCCGACGACGCACCUCCCCGUCUUCACCCAAAAUCUCUACCCGCUCGUUCCUCCAGGGGUCCGAGAUCUCAAGAAGAUGUACAGGUCGGACGUGGUGUUUUGUUCGCAGAGCGGGCAAUAUCUCUUCGCCACGGCCCGCUCCAACUCGUCCAGCGUGACGGGCUACAUCAGCGCCUUCAAGCUGGGGCCGCAGGGCCAGGUCCAGAAACAGCUGUGCCUCAGCCCGACGCCCAACAGCGGCGGCCACUCGAACGCGGUGAGUCCUUGUCCCUGGACAGACGAGUGGUUGGCUUUGACGGACGAUCAGGACGGGUGGGUGGAAAUCUACCGCUGGCACAACGAGUAUCUCUCCCGCGUGGCCCAUCUGGACAUCAAGGAGCCUGGCUUCGGGAUGAAUGCCAUCUGGUACGACUAAAGGCUCCGACUCGUAGCGUCCCCUAUACCACAUACUGUACGGUGUAAAUAUGGCCAUAAAUCAUAGACCUCGUUC